AUGGUGUUCAAGUUUCUCAAGAAGAAAGAUUAUUGGACAGAAGUGGGUGGUGUAGAGGGAUUUACGGCAGCUAUCAAGCAACUAGGAUCGGACUAUCAUGGGUUAGAUGACAAAAGCAACGGCUAUUCAAAAUCAGAUAGCAUAUGGGGUCGAUUGACAGAUUUAACACAAAUUUCCAAGAAAGAUACCUUUGAUACUCGUAAGUGGCUCUAUACAACACGGCAUGACAAUCGUCGAAAAAUUCGCACAACAUUCUUGGCAACACAGAUCGAUGAUCUUCCAGGCAAUUCCGUUCGAAAACCCAGCGAUGAUGCAACAGAUAUAACAUACGGCCACACAGUGGUCAGUAAUGCUGCUUUAUCAAUAGUGCCUUCCAAUGAACCGAAAGUUAUGCGAUCAAAAGAUGUUUUAACACCUCGUAAUGUACAGUAUUUUACAAUAACUUACGAGCAAUGGCGAGCUUUCUACGAUCACAAAACCUAUGAUGUAUACAAUGGUUGGGGAAAUCAACUUGCUCCGCAUUUAGUUACACUGAAUUCCAAUUUAUUCAGUGCCAGAGGUCACUGUAAAAAUAGCGAGUGUCCUGUGAGGAUCGAAAUCGACGUUGAACAUGAAGUGAAAAAUAAAGGAAGUCCAUGUAUGUUCAAAGUGGUGGUUAUAGGUGAUAAAAAACACGAUCCAAAGAAGGAAACGACUGGCCGUCCAUUGACUGGAGCUGCUCGAGAAGCUAUGGCAAAAGAAGUUAAUCAACAUGGACCCCUAGCCAUCUAUGAACGUAAUUUACGAUAUGCUAAUGCAGAUCUUCUAAAAGAAGGAAACUUUAGUGAAGUUCCAUCAAUAGAUGUAUUGAAGAGAACCAAACAAUAG